CUCAACAGCUGCUGUCAUAACGAAGGAAGUGCGCGCACACACACACACGCAGGGUGCAGGAGCGCGCGACACAAUGGCGAGGAAAUCCGACUCAUGUUCUCGGUCUUGAUUCUUUACCACUGCACGAGACUGCGAAAAUGGACGAGCUGACGUGAGCUCGUGCGUUGAGAGAAGUAGAGAGUUGUAGAGUGACAGACAGCCCUGACCAAGACUCGGGUUAAACUUGGGGGCAGUGUAACGGAGCGCUGAGGCAGGAGGAAGGAGGCAGGAGGCAUGAGCGGAACCGGAGCUCCGGGAGCGCGGGAUGCGGCGCAGGAGAGCAGCAGCUCCGCCGAUCAUCCUCUUCCUCCACCUCAUCCGACCCGAAUCCCGCCGGAACCGAGCUCGCAGGACUCACCGACCUCCUGUUCUUCCUCUUCCUCUUCCUCCUCCUUUUCCUCGUCCUCCGCCGGGCGCGUGGCGCGGACCUGGGUGCGCUUCGCCAAAGCCUUCGUGCUCAUCUUCCCGGUCUACGCACUCGGCUACUUCGAGUGCAGCGUUAGCUGGCUACUGAUCGGACUCGCCAUCUUCUUCUUCUGGAGGAGGAACGCGGGCUGUAAGAGCUCCAGGCUGAGCCGAGCGCUGGCCUUUCUCCAGCAGCAGCAGCGAGAGAUGGAGGAAGACGAUCAGGAGGAGAAGCGCGCGCGUGCACUGGACACCACCGAGCUGCCCUCAUGGGUUCACUUUCCAGACGUGGAGAGAGUAGAGUGGGUCAACAAGACGGUGAAUCAGAUCUGGCCUUACGCUUGUCGCUUCCUGGAGAAAGUUUUUCGGGAGAACAUCGAGCCAGCGGUGAAGGGAGCGAACACACACCUCAGCACCUUUUCCUUCACCAGGAUAGAGCUGGGGGACAAGCCUCUCAGAGUCAACGGGGUCAAAGUUUACACCGAGAACGUCGACACGCGCCAGAUCAUCAUGGACCUCCAGAUCAGCUUCGUGGCCAACACAGAAAUCGAGAUGGACAUCAAGAGAUAUUACUGCAAAGCUGGAAUUAAGAGCAUACAGCUCCACGGUGUGAUGCGAGUGGUGUUGGAGCCACUGAUGGGGAAAAUGCCGCUGGUCGGUGCCUUCUCUCUCUUCUUCCUCAAGAAACCGCUCCUGGACGUGGGUUGGGCCGGACUCACCAACAUCCUGGACAUUCCUGGACUUAACGGAUUCUCAGACAGCCUGAUCCAGGAUGUUAUCUCAAGCUACCUGGUGCUGCCGAACAGGAUCACGGUGCCACUAGUGGGUGAUGUAGAGCUGGAGCAGCUACGGUUCCCAAUGCCUAAGGGCAUAUUAAGGAUCCACUUCCUGGAAGCACAAGAUCUUGAGGGGAAGGACAAGUUGUUCGGUGGUCUGAUCAAAGGCAAAUCAGACCCGUACGGAGUCGUCCAGGUUGCUAAUCAGAUUUUUCAGAGCAAAACCAUUAAAGAGUGUUUAAACCCCAAGUGGAAUGAAGUGUUUGAGGCCACGGUCUAUGAACAUUCUGGACAGCAUCUAGAGAUCGAGCUGUUUGACGAAGACCCAGACAAAGACGACUUCCUGGGCAGUCUAAUGAUUGAUCUGACCAAGCUUCACAAGGAGCAAAAAGUUGAAGAGUGGUUUGACCUAGAGGAAGUCUCCAGUGGAAAACUGCAUCUGAGACUCGAGUGGCUUUCACUGCGGUCAGGGGCUGAUAAACUGCAGCAGGCAUUGUGGAGUAUCAGGACCAAUGACAGCUUGUCUUCUGCACUGUUGAUGGUUUACCUCGACUCUGCCCGGAACCUUCCGAGCGUGUUUGAGGGCAGCUUCAGCUGUGGAAACCAUCAAGGCAGGAGAGGGUCUGGUCUGGUGUUUUGUGAGGACUCGUCUUCACUCUGUAAAUCAAUACUCUCUGGAAGGAAGGUGAACAGUGACCCGAGCCCUUACGUCCAGUUGACGGUUGGACAGAAGACGUACGAGAGCAAGGUCCGCUAUAAGACGUGUGAGCCAAUAUGGGAGGAAGCGUUUACCUUCCUGGUUCACAACCCACACACUCAGGAACUACAGGUGGAGGUUAAGGAUGAUAAGCACAAAUGCAUGUUAGGUAACAUGCGAGUAGCAUUAGCACAUCUCCUGAAAGAUGAGGACAUGACUCUGGUGCAGCAGUUCCCCUUGAACAGCUCCGGGCCAAACAGCACACUCAAACUCAAGCUGGUGCUCAGGAUUCUUUGCCUUGAAAAAGAGACUACAUCGGGUCAACCAUCUUUAGUCCAAGUCUGUCACGCCAGCCAGAUUGUAGCGAUGUCACAAACAAGCACCACCACUGCACACUCCACCCCUACCACACACUCCAGUUCCACCACACACUCCACCCCCACCACUCAAACAACCCCCUGCAACUCUUCUGCCCCCACUGGGGUCACUCUACGUGGUAAGAGAGGCUCGGAGGGCUCACCGGUGAGCCUGGCUCAUACUGAAAUGCAAAGAGACUCGCCACGAAGGGAUUCAACACGCAGGGACUCAUCACGCAGAGACUCAACACAGAGAGAAUCAACACACAGAGACUCAACACAAAGUCUGGCAUCGGAUGUUUCACUACCCUCCGCUGCCCUGGAGUUAAAACACAGACUGGAACAGCUGCAGAAUGGUUCUACACAGUAUCCUCUGGGGGAGGUGCAGCUCACUAUCAGACACAGUUCUCAAAGAAACAAGAUUAUUGUUGUGGUACAUGCUUGCCGAAAUCUGAUCUCUCUGGGGAAAGACACCUCGGACCCUUACAUCCGUGUCUACCUACUGCCCGAUAAGAGCCGGAGCGGCCGAAGGAAAACCAGCACCGUGAGAAAGAACCUCAACCCAAUCUAUGACCAGUCUUUUGAGUUCAAUGUGUCCGCAGUGGAGCUGCACAGGAGGACACUGGAUGUAGCAGUGAAGAACGCAGGGGGACUGCUGUCCAAAAAUAAAGGCCUGCUGGGCAAGGUUCUUGUGGAUUUGGGAAGUGAAGAGAUUUCUAAAGGAUGGACACGAUGGUAUGAUCUGAGUGCAGAUGGAUCGUAGCAGACUGAUGGUGUGAUAGCAGGAUUUAAAAAAACUGUGAACGUCAACGAAACCAGGCUAAUGAAACCAGGCUGCUUCUGCUGGGACUCUACACACACACACACACACACACACACACAUUUAUAUAUAGAUAGGAAUGACAGCGUGUGUGUGUGUGUGUGUGUGUGUACCAGUGACACACACAGUCACGGCUUUCUCUUACAGUCACUGACAUUAUUUCUAGUCCAUUUGAAUAGAUAUUCUCUUUGUCACACUCUAUCUACACACAUCUACACACAUCUAUACACUACGCACAUCUACACACAUCUAAACAAUUUAUACACACAUCAACACACACCAACACACUCUAUACACACACACGCUACACUCACAUACAGUAUACACACAUCAACACAUUUCUUCGUACAUCUACACACACGUACAUACAUCUACACACUCUAUAUACACACACACACACACUCUACACACAGUAUGCACAUCUACAUGCUCUACACACACAAAAUAUACACACACUCUACACACACGCACAGUAUAUAUACACCCUCUACACAGACACACACACACACACACAUUUACACACACCUACACACUCCAUACACACAAACUCUACACACACACACACACAGUAUAUAUACACACUCUACACACACACACACACAGUAUAUAUACACACUCUACACACAUUUACACACACCUACACACUCCAUACACACACAUUUACAUUCACCAGCUGUUGACAUGCUGCUAAUAAUAAAAUCAUGUGUGUAUGUGUGUGUGUGUGUUUGUGUGUAUGGAGUGUGUAGGUGUGUACACACAACACACACAACACUGCUGGCCAAAGACGAGAGCAUUACACACCAGAAAAGGACUGCAAGGCUGUACAUAUCCUGGAUCUUUUAAAUGAUUGUGGAUUUUUUCUUCGGGGGGGUUUUGGGAAUUCUGCUGUGUUUUUAUUAUUAUUAUUAUUAUUAUUAUUAUUAUUAUUAUUAUUAUUAUUAUUAUUAUUAAAAAGAUGGCUCUACCUGACCACAACACUCCUGUAUAUGACCUCAAAGAGCUUGUGAUGAAGGAAAAAGUUUUUAUUUUUUUGUGUUACAUUAAAGUUAUGACUGCAUUCUGAAGGAAUUAAAAAUAAAUAAAUAAAUAUAUAAAAAUGAUAUUUAUUUAAGUUAAAAGCAGGGAUUUGACAAAGAUUUGUUUUUGUUUGUUU